CUUGAGGAGGUUUCCCCCCUUUACUCUACUCCGGGUUUUCGGGGUGUCCAUCAGCGCGGCUUCUCACAGCCGCUCGCUGGUUUUUACUCAACUCUAUAUCACUCUGCUGGCAUGGUGAAGAAGCGGACCUGAUUUGAUGGUGGCAGCCUGGAGCCACUGACUGCAGACUUCCGCCCCUGGUUCUCAUAUCCGCGUUUUGCGCCGUCUGUUAAACUCUAGUUGCCUCACAAACGGACUACCGAGGGCGCUUGUGCUCUUUUACCAACUCGGCACCAUAUUAUUCACCGGGAUUUCUUUCAAACCAGGAACAUAUGAGAUGCAAGUUCACUGGGAAACUCCGGAGCCUGCUCGGUUUAGACAGCAAAACUUUUUCUCCAAGGACAACAGUGUAGAGCAGCGACAGGACCGUUGCUGCUGCCGCCGCGGCUCCUCUGCGGGACGGUCUGUGUACAUAUGACCGGAGACUAACCCUUAUACUGUCGCUUUAUCGCUUUUACCCCCGGAGUUGGUGUUAUUGUUUUUGUUAGCAGCGUGGCAGCAGCUGUAUUGCUUAAUGCAGUUAUGAGCUUGUUUUACGUUUCCCUCAGAUUGAGCGGUAUUUGUGUUGGUUUAGAGCCGGAGACUCGGUCGGUCGCGACUCCUCCGUGGCUGGCAGCCCUUUAAACCCUCGCGGUGUUCGGCCGCCUCGGCUGCUGCUUGUCGCUCGCACCCUCCGGAAGACACGCGCAAGACCGGGAGGACACAGAGAGGUGGAGGUGGCCGGAGGACUCAAGAGGAGGUGGCGGAGGAGAGCCUGACUGGGAGAAAAGUUCUUCCAAAAUAGCAGCCCCUCGGCGCGGUGAUGGGGGACUUCGCCUCCCCCGCUGUCGGACCCAACGGCAGUAUCUGCAUCAACAACAGCAUGAACCCGGCCAGCGGCAGCGUGGUGCCCGCCGGAGCGGUGGGCAUACCUAAGCACAGCACGGUAGUGGAGAGGCUGAGGCAGCGGAUAGAGGGCUGCCGGAGACACCACACCAUUUGCGAGAACAGGUACCAGCAAGCGCACUCCGAGCAGCUGGAGCUGGAGCGCAGGGACACCGUCAACCUGUACCAGCGGACCCUGGAGCAGAGGGCCAAGAAGUCGGUCGGCGGUGGCGGCAGUAAGCAGCCCCAAAUCAAGCAGCAGCAGCAGCAGCAGGACCCGGACUCGGCGUCCUCCACGGAGCAGAGGAACAACACGCUCAUAGCGCUCCAGGAGACGGUGAAAAGAAAACUGGACAGCGCACGAUCACCGCUGAACGGUGACCAGAACGGCAUCUGUGAUGGCGGCAGCUACUCGCCAACGGGAAAACGGGUCCUAAAGGACAUCCCCGGCGGUUUAGACUCUCUAACGGGUCUUCCCAAGAACAACAAUAAUAAUGUGCCACCCAUUUCUCCUCUGCAUCAUCAAAUGGACAUUAAGCCUAUACUGACUGGGCCAAACACGUCUACCGGCAACACUACAAACGGCAACGGCACCCAUAUGGGCAGGGCGUCCGACGAUCUGGGGAAGAACGGCAGCAGCCACCUGCAGGACAUGAAGCUGAACAGCUCCCUGGACUUGGAGGACAGUUUCAGCCUCCUCAAGGACCUGAAACAAGAGCCUCUGGACGAUGGGGCAGGAAUGGAGACCAACGAACCGCAGUCCCUAUCUAACCAGAACAAACUAUUCUCUGACAUCAACCUCAAUGACCAGGAGUGGCAGGAGCUGAUUGAUGAGCUGGCCAACACCGUUCCAGAGGAUGACAUGCACGACCUCUUCAAUGAAGACUUCGAGGAGAAGAAAGAGGCGGAGUUUGGCAGGCCAGCAAACAGUCAGGCCGAAGCCCCGCAUGAAGCUGCUGGGAGUACAACACCUGGUGUCGGGGCGGCGUCAACGGGAUCCUUGCCUCCUCCUCCGCAGGGGGUCCCACAGGUUCCCAUUGGUUCACCACAGGUGCGACCGUCGUCAUCGGGGCCACAGUUUGCGACCACCGCCAAUGGGACCCCUCCCCAGCAACCCCUGCAGCAGUCUCCAGCUGUUGCUAUGCCGUCAGGUUCACCGUUGCACAACUGCGUAGCUCGCUCACCUCAGACUCCAACCCAAGCUCAGACUCAAGCAGUCUCUAGGCCUGGGAAUGGUUACAUGAUGAACCCAGGCCCAGUUAAUCAGAUGGGGUCAGCAGGGGGCCCAGGAGGGGGUGGUCCAGGUGGGAGUGGCCCAGGUGGGACUGGCCCUGGAGGUCAGCCUGUGGGCCCGGUCACACCUGAACUGUCUCCAGCAGAGCAGCUAAAAGCAAUAGCCCAGCAUCAUGCUCAUCACAGCAAGAUGAUGCAGCAUAAGCAGCAGAAACAAGCAGCUAACUGGUCACCAGUGGGUGCUCCAACCAGUCCCUACAAUUCUGGUCCCUUUAAUCAAGACAAGCCCAACAGCCCCAUGAUGUAUCCAUCACAAGUCUUUAACACACCACAAGGCCCUCUGGUGGCUGGGAUGGCUUCGAACAAUGGGCCGAAAGCCCCCAUGAACAACUACCUCCCUCACAACCCCAUGGGCAUGAUGGGACAGCAGCAGCCAAACAGCAUAAACCAGAACGCUCUGUCCAAACAACAGACACAACAGCAGCAGCAAACAGCCGCCAUGCUGUCCUACAACAACACAAAACCGCUCAGUCACUUCAGCGGCAGCGGCGUGGACCACAUGGGUCAGAGGAUGACUCCGCCCAUGGCAGGGAACAGUCAAGUCAAGAACCCCAUGAUGCCGCCCUACAUGGGAGGUGCCGGAGGAGGUGGUCAGGGACCGGGGCAGACACAGGGGCCGAUCCCCGGACAGACAGCCCACCUGGGGGAGGAGCACAAGAGGAUCCUGAUGAUGAAGCAGAAGGUGUUGAACCAGAACAUGCCCUACAGCACCAUGCAGCCUCAUGGCCAGGAGCAAGGCGUGGUGGGAAUGUCCCGGCCACCCGGUGCAAUACCCCCUCCUCACCCAGCUGGGGGCGUUGCCUCUGGCGUGGGCCCCAGCCAAGGUUCAGGUCCACCUCCAGUCUACCCCAGCAACCAGCAGGCGGCCAUGAUGAAACAGAUGAUGGUGAUGGAAGAGAAGAGAAUGCAGAUACAAAUGAUGGAGCAACAAAAGAUCCAGAGGCAGCAUCUUCUGGUCGAACAGCUCCAGCAGCAGCAGCAUCUCCCCAGGCAGAUGGGCCAGGGCCAGAGGAAUCCAUACCCCCAAGUCAAUCAGUACCAAGGUCCUCCACAAGAUCUGGCAUCCAGAAGCCAAUCACUCCAAAAUAUGCGGUCCUCUCGACUCCUCCAGCAGCAGCACAACCAGCCGCAGAUGGUCCAGAUGAAUUCUGUUCAGGGUCAAGGUGGCCCAGUGGGACCUCAAGCCGACAUGGGACUAUCCUAUGGCACCCAGGGGUCCAACCAGGGUGCCUUAUAUGGCCUCAACCCUUCGAUGAGCCAAAUGAUCCACCAGCAGCAGCACCAGAACCAAAGCGUCCAAGCCUCCAUGGGUCUUCCACCGCAGCACAACCCUGCCGGAGGGCCUCCUCGGCAGGCAGGUGCAGGUCCUGGACUCGGAGGUAUGCCCGGGGGCCCUGGGAGCAGCGGGGCUGGAGCUUAUGGAGGGCAAGGGAUGUUAAUGAACUCCAUAACUCAGCAGCCCCUCAAAGGCCCUGCCAAAGCCCAGUCUCAGAGACUGCAAAGCAUGCUAGGAGGUGGAGGAGGUGGAGCUGGGAUGGCGGCUGGUGGCUGGCCGCAGCAGCAAGGACAAGGUCUGCAGGCCAUGGGGGGAGGAGUCGGAAGGACUACAGGAGGAGCAGGAGGAGAUAUGGUGGGGUUCACCUCCUCCCAGGGUUAUGGUAUGCAGCCGGGUCAACCUCCACGUAUGACCAAGCAACACUUUCCAGGUUCUGGACAGGCUGGCCAGGGAAUGGACCCCAGAGUGGGCAACCCGGCUGCAAGUAUGGGCAGCCCAAUGAUGCGCCCUCACAUGGGUAAUCAGCCGAGGACCAAUCAGCCCCGACCCAUGGUCAUGAACCAGGGGAUUAGCCAAGGGAUGAUGGCUCAGGGGAUGUCUGGGAUGGGGGCUUUUGGGCCAGGUCCAGGAGGCCCAGGAAUAGGGGGAGGAGGAGGUGGACCCUAUGGACCAGGAGGAGUUGCAGUUGGGGGUCAGCCACAGGGCUACCAAAGGACAGCCAAUCAGGACAUGUCAUCCUAUGGGUACGGGGGCGGGCCCUCAGGAGGGGGAGCCUUUGGUUUGGGUGACGGAUCGGGGGCGGAGCUGGACUCGGGCGACGGGUGGAUGGACGAGCUUUUCCAGAACCAAUAGCCAAUGGGGAACAUUUUUAGAAUGAACUCAACUUUGGGACAUAACCUGAGAAAGUCCAACAGAAAAGAUGACAUGACAUAGAUUGGCAUGUUUUGUUUUGUAAAACAUGAGAGAGAUUAUAAAUAAGUUCUGGUAUUAUGUUUUCUGUGUGUGUGCGUGUGGGGGUGUGUGUGUGCGUGUGUUUGAAAUGGAAGGAGCUCUCACAUGUCUUGUGCAUAAUAUUGAAAAACAAUAUAAGAAUUAGGAGGUGUGUUUUGUUAGUUUCACUCUUUUCUCCCCUGGAGUAAAUUUUCCUUACGUUCUAGUGUUUAAAAGCUAUUCCCGUUUACACCGCUUAACUUUGAACCCAAGCUUUUCUCCAACCGCAAGGCUGAUGAAGAGGAAGACUAUAUCAUUCUCAAGACGACAAUUUAUUUGUGUGACACCCUGCUCAGUGCUUCAGAUCUCUCAACUUUAUCCUCUUAAUGCUCCCAUUUCCACUCUCAGCUCUGUUCCCUCCACAUAUAUACAUACCCUCUCACCCAAAUCUGUACCCCCACUCUCCCUCCAGAGACUCGUUCAUCACUCGCAGCACUCUUUUCUCUGUUUAUAUUGGGCACAUAACAACAGGACAAAUGAUGUUCUGUUAUUGUGCAACACAAGCACAGCCUAGCUUGCGCCUUUUGCUAAGCAGCCCACCCAUAAUUUCUCCUCUCUUUUUUUUGAGGGAGUUUGUUUCAUUUCCUGCAUUGUGUAGCACUGUAUGAUGGUUUUGAAUGAAGAGAACAAAGUGAAGGACAGGAGUGGGAUAGGACAGACAACUACAGCACAGCAUACACAGUGACAACAAACUAAGACGCUAACAUGUGGACCAGUCUGUGGGACACAAGCUUCAUCCCAUACAUCAGCCAAAAAUGAUCACUGGGCACUGAAUGUACUCAAACACCACAAGUGACUUUAUUUUGUUUUGAGGGGAAUUCUUAGAGAAGCUCACCUGCAGUGCCUUGCAAAACUCCUUCAACUAUUUCAUAUUUUUGUCAUGUUACAGUCCCAAACUGGAUUUUAUAUUAUUAACCAACUCAAAGUGAGGCAAAUUUGGGGAAAUGGAAGGAAAAGUAGACUGGGUUUUCAAAAUUGUUCACAAAUAAAUGUUGUAAUGUAUGGCAGGAAUUACAUCAGAGGGAUGGCGUUUGUAAAAAGUCUUGCCACAGAUUCCAAAUUGGAUUUAAGUGUGAAUUUAAAUGUCCAAACUACUACACUGUGUCUCUAUAAUGUGGUAGUGAAUACAAAUAGAAGAAAGACCAUUCAAUAUUUUUUUUUAUUUUGUGAAAUUAAAAACCAUGCAUCAUUUUUCUUCCAAUUACAGUUAUGUGCAUCGCUGUGCUGGUUUAUCAUCACAUAAAAUCCCAAUAAAAUAGUCUAAAGUUUGUGCCUAUAAUGUGAAAGAAAUGUAAAAAAAAAAAAUUGAGGAGUACGAAUACCUUUGCAAGGCAGUGUAGUUUAUUCCUGCUUUUUCUCUAACAUCAUCGCAGGCUCCGUCCUUAGCCUACAGUAUGUCUGUCCAUCCUCCUGUCUCAGUACAGCCUUCCCAUCAGCCCUGCUUUACACCACAGCUUCUCAGCUGCAAACUGUGCUGCACUAUUAGGAAAAAACACAAGCAUCCCCGUUUUAGUUCACAAACCACCGCUCAGAAAUUUUGAUUUUGGCCUUACAGGCCAACAAUAUUUACCUAUAAAGGCUCUCAGUGGUUCCACUUCCCUGUCGGAAACUGUUGGCUUUACGUCAGCUGCUCAUGCUUUUAUUCACCAUCACCUUCAUCAGACUGCCUCAUCUUGAGUCCUGAAAUGUAAACAGAAAGCUAUAACAUAGGUUUUAUUGCUGUGGUUCUUGUCAACAUGUUGCAUCUCUAAAUGUUUUGUAUUAUUCGGUGAAAGACAAGAGUGUCUGUUUUUAGGACAAUGAUGUAACCUACAAAACCAAAAAGCCUUCUGUUCUUAUGGUUGUUGUCGUCGUCGUAAAAUCCAGCCCUUUAAUAGAACUCAGUCGUCCUGUAAGCGUUGCAAAUGAGGCUCUAUUUUUUUGUUAUGUUUUUUUUGUCACAUGCGAAUAUGUUUGUGGGGUUGUAGCACUCAACCAGUUUUCAUCAAGGAAAAAUGGUUGAAUAAUUUAGACCCCGCAUCAGCGCUUUAAACUCACAGAUUGUCGAGUCUGCUUUCCAGGACGAAGACAAAAAAGGAAUUUCAUUCUUCCAGAACUCCGACGUGCGCCCAGGCAGGCUCGGACUUCAGUUCCACGCCUAAGUGGAAGGAGAAAGGUGUUUGAAGGCCCUCUGUGUCUGUCUUGUCCUUUUUAGAAGUGAGAGCUCUGAGAUCUGGUUUGGAAAUAAUUUCAGGCAGAGAACAGAAGCUUCCUCCAAAUAUCACAAUACUGGGACCAAGUCUGUAGACAACAUUUUAACAAAAAUGGUUGUUGUUGAUGUUCUUUGUUUUUAUUUUAUAAUUUUUUUUUACUGGUGCUGACAUAUAUAUGUGAUUAUGAGAAAAAAGUAUAUAAAAGAUGAUGGCUAUUUGUAAAUAUGUUUUUACAGGUUUAAAUACAUCAGAUAUUACAGUCUCUACUCUGUAAAGAAUUUACUGUUUGUUGAAAAAUAGAGAAGUAUUUUUAUUUUUUCUUUUUCGGUUUCACUUUUAAUCCAUCUGAGCUAUGCCAUUGCACUUCAGACAAUGUCUUACUACUAAUUUGUAUUGUAAACCUCCUCUCUUUUUUUUUUUUAGUUUGAGAUUUUGUUCUUAAGCAGUGCUUACUUCUUUUUAUCUUGUACAGAAUAUUGAAAUGUUAACAAAAGAGAAUUACAGAAGAUUUUUUUUUUUUGUUUUUUUCAAAAAGAUACAAUAAAGAGAGAAUGUUCUCGC